AUGGGCAACAGCGCCGGCAAGACCCGCCAGAACAAGGAGCUUGAGCGCUACACACGGCCGACGGGCCUCUACAAGUCGUGCCCAUGGGACCACAAGGUCGUGCGCAAGAUGAUCUUCGAGCGCAAGCUGGCGCCGCGGUACCCAGGCAGCGACGCGCGCCAAUCCGGCUCGUACGAGUGUCCAAUCUGCUUUCUCCACUACCCGAGCACGUUGAACCAAAGCGCCUGCUGCAAGCAAGCGAUAUGCUCGGAGUGCGUCUUGCAGACCAAGCCGCCCAACAAGGUUGUGAGCUGCCCCUUUUGCAACAACGACAACUUCAAGACACACUUCGCCAUUGGCGCGUCCGGUCGAUUGCAAGGAACCAAAUGGCAGCACGCCGAUUCGGACUGCACCGACCAAAGCAGCUCGGAGGCGUCGGCGACAAACGAAGUUGAAGUCCAAUUCGCAUCGGUGGAGGACCGGCAGCGCCUCCAAGCCGAAGUCGCAGCGCAAAUCCGCGAGUCCGAUCUUGGUCAGCAUGUGGCUGUCGUGCGGCGAGCACCAGCGGCCAGUCGCAGCGACGCCGCCUCCUUGGCGCGCAUGGAAGAGCUCUUGAUCCUCGAGGCGAUCCGGCGAUCCAUGCUCGAUUGUGAGACGCGUCGCCCGGAGCCGCGUCGUCUGCGUAUGGCGACGUCCAUUCCCCGGUACCGGCAGCCCAACCCGCGCUUCGGGAAGGAGGUGCGUCCGAGGGCGUAUACCGUCAGCGACGAGUCCAAGUACCUCGUGCUGCGCAACGUGCCAGCGCUUGGCGCGAGCGACGAGCUCAUCGCUCGUUUCAGCAAGUACGGGACCAUUGAAGAGCACCGGAUGCUCGACGACCACGACGACGCGACGGAGUUCCUUGACGUUGUCUGGCUGCGCUACGCGACGACUGACCACGCGCGCCGGGCCAAGACGCUGGGCGUGCGUGAGCCCUUCUACGGCAACAUCCUCACGAUCGUGUAUGCGCCCGAAGACGAGACACCGAGCGAAACACGGACCAAGCUCGACGAGCGUCGGGCGCUGCUCCAGCAGCGGUACGAACGGACACUCGCACCACGCCCAAUCGAGGCGGCCAUCGGACCAAGUAUGCCAUUCACAGAGACGCGCCGACGCGAGCCCGAGACAAAGCCGCCGCCGGCCCAGCGACGACGCAUCUAA